CCUGUGCGCGCAGUGCUCUGCUCUUAGAAACGUCUGGAGAUAGUGACCCCGCUGCAUCUUUGCACUUGCUGCAUUUACCUAAACUGUUCGCUCCCAGAGCGAUCCGUAAUUAAUUUUGGGGGCGACAUUAAGGAAUUAAACUAUGUGAUUUCAUGGCACCUUCAUAACUCUCCGCAGGGCCUUUUUGUUCGGCAUAUUCAAAUUUACCUGGACUUUUUUCCGCGUGUGGAGAACCCCCUUCCCCUUAUUUGUCAAAUUUACUUUUCAACCUGAGGAUAAUACCUGGACCGCUUCUCAUGGACCAGGCUCACCCCUCCUCACCCAAGCGGCCACCCAGCACCACGUAAUAUUUCCUGAAGAAACGCGUCCACCAGUCGGAUCCCAAGAAUCAUGGACUGUUUCCCCAUGCUUUAUUUUCUGUCAAGACAUCAUGAUUCCUGGUAAUCGAAUGCUGAUGGUCAUUUUAUUAUGCCAAGUCCUACUGGGAGAGAGCAGCCAUGCUAGUCUAAUACCCGAGGAAGGGCGGAAGAAGGCCUGGGGUGUGCAGGGUCGUCACCCGGGUCAGAGCCAUGAGCUGCUGCGGGACUUCGAGGCCACGCUGCUCCACAUGUUCGGGCUGCAGCGCCGGCCCCGGCCCAGCCGCUCCGUCCCCGUGCCCCAGUACCUGCGCGACCUGUACCGGCUGCAGUCGGGCGAGGCCGACGAGCCCGGCGCCCAGGCGGCCGCCUUCGAGUACCCCGAGAGGUCCACCAGCCGCGCCAACACCGUGAGGGGCUUCCACCACGAAGAGCACAUGGAGCAGGUGAUGUCAGAGGGGCUGGAGGAGGGGACGGCCCCCCUGCGCUUCCUCUUCAACCUCAGCAGCAUCCCUCAGGAGGAGCUCCUGUCCUCCGCCGAGCUGCGUCUGUACCGGCAGCGCGUGGACGAGGCCGCGGCGGCGGACGCCGGCGAGGGCCUCCACCGGAUUAACGUGUACGAGGUGCUGAAGCCCCCGCGGCCGGGGCAGCUGAUCACGCGGCUGCUGGACACGCGGCUGGUGCAGCACAACACCUCCAGCUGGGAGAGCUUCGACGUCAGCCCGGCCGUGCUGCGCUGGACGCGCGACAGACUGCCCAACCACGGGCUGGCCGUGGAGGUGCUGCGCCUGGACCGUGCCGCGGAGCCGCGGGGCCGCCACGUGCGCGUCAGCCGCUCCCUGCCCCGGCCCCCCGGGGAGGACUGGGACCAGCUGCGCCCCCUGCUGGUCACCUUCGGCCACGACGGCAAGGGCCACCCGCUGACGCGCCGGGCCAAGCGCAGCGCCAAGCAGCGGGGCCGCAAGCGCAACCGGAACUGCCGGCGGCACGCGCUGUACGUGGACUUUAGCGACGUGGGCUGGAACGACUGGAUAGUGGCGCCGCCCGGCUACCAGGCGUUUUACUGCCACGGGGAGUGCCCGUUCCCGCUGGCGGACCACCUGAACUCCACCAACCAUGCCAUCGUGCAGACGCUGGUGAACUCGGUGAACACCAACAUCCCCAAGGCCUGCUGCGUGCCCACGGAACUCAGCGCCAUCUCCAUGCUGUACCUGGACGAGCACGACAAGGUGGUGCUCAAAAACUACCAGGAAAUGGUGGUGGAGGGGUGCGGCUGCCGCUAGCCAGCUGUAAAAAAAAAAAAAAAAAAGAACACUAAACUAAAAUGUCCGACUUAACACCGAAACAUCUUCACUUGGACCCUUAUUUAUGACUGUUAUGUUGAGGUGUAUGUUUGUCUCAGUUUUUUGUUUCUUUGACAAUAUGAUCAUAUAUUUUGACAAAAUAUAUAUAUAUUUAUAACUACAUAUUAAAAAUAAAAGUGAGUCCUUAUUUUAAACAUAAAGAAAAAAGCUGUACAACUUUUCAUAAUGUAUAUUAGAUUGUAUAAUGGUUUUUUAAAAUGAGAAAAUAGUAAAAAAAAAUCUAAAAAGUAAAGUUUAUAUACUGGUAAUAUUUAUUGCUUUCAUAUUAUAUACAUUAUACAUCCAAAGAAAUGAAUAAAUUUGCCUUCCACUAUUGCAUUUGAACAGAAGAGAAGAGAAGAAACAAUGAACCGUUUAUGUGUACUUGAAAAAGGGCACUGUGUGAAUUAAUUACAAAGUAGUACCAUUCUCUUAAAUCAGUUCAAGUAAUCUGAAACAUUUAUGCUAGUUCACCACUCUUCAUUAAUUAUAGUCUGGUGGUUUUAUGAAUGUGGAGAAAAAUCAAGUGGUAUUGUUAUUCGGUAUCUUUGAAAACAUUGUUUUGUUGGAGAAAGUAGUAUAAAUUGCCCCUCUGUAUUUUUUUAUUUUGGUUUUAACCCAACACCUUUUCAUCUGAUAUUUAUUUCUCUGCCGUUUAAACGGAGACAACCAAAUAUUGAAGUUACACAUUUCUGAGACUGAAUUCUGUCAGUAUCGCCACAUAUCCCAACCAGAUUAAUGAAUUUGUUGCCCCGUAUGAAAUGGUACUACCCCCAGUACCAUUUUUUUGCGCACAGAUAGGGUCUGGAGUGAUAAACCCGCGUCUAUAUCACUCCGAUAACUCACGCGAUAUGAAUCGCACGGGCAGUAUCAUUACUGAUGUGUAUGGUUCAUCCAUUGCAAUACGGGGGUAAAUCACCGAGUUAAUUGUAUUGCAGAAUUUUU